UUGUGCGGUCACCGGAUGUAUUUCUGAGUCUCGCGAUAACUGCUGGCGGAAGAACGAGAUCUUUCUUUUCCUCAGAGUAUCUGGCAAGAUGGCGGACGUCGAGCAGAAGAAGAAAAGGACCUUCAGGAAAUUCACCUACAGGGGGGUAGACCUUGACCAGCUACUGGACAUGUCCUAUGAGCAGAUCAUGCAGCUCUACUGUGCUCGCCAGCGCAGACGUCUAAACAGAGGCCUCCGCCGCAAGCAGAACUCUCUUCUAAAACGCCUGCGAAAGGCAAAGAAAGAAGCUCCUCCUAUGGAGAAACCAGAGGUCAUCAAAACCCACUUGAGGGACAUGAUUAUUCUACCAGAGAUGGUGGGCAGCAUGGUUGGGGUGUACAAUGGCAAAGCCUUUAACCAGGUGGAAAUUAAGCCUGAGAUGAUUGGCCAUUACCUGGGAGAGUUUUCCAUCACUUACAAGCCUGUGAAACACGGCAGACCGGGUAUUGGUGCCACCCACUCCUCUCGGUUCAUUCCACUGAAGUAAACUGCAAAUGGUGUAAAUAAAGUUUUCAAACCAUUUUUGUCCUAUGA